UAUCUUAUAGAGAUAAAUACCAGACCUGCUGCGCUCAAUGAUACUCUGGAUGCUCUAAUAAACCGACCAAUGGUUGAAGAAAUGUUCCAGAUAAUUGGAUAUCAUGUUCCCCCAGCUGCAUUGUCUAACCAUGCCAGGAAGAGUGGGUCUUGUCAACUUCUGGAUUUUGAUCUGAAUAAAGUUAACUCUUUAGGCUUUAAUCCCGCUGUUUACACCAGAACCCUUGAUGAUGAUGAUAUCAAGAAGCAGAAUCUGUAUCCUAGACAAGUCAAGGAGAGGUCCUCUUAUAUACCUGGUAUACUUGACAGAUUUACAGGUAGUGAUGUACGAGUACUGAGAAAAACGCUGGAAGAAUUCUACAACUUAAAGAAAUUUUCAAGAAUUUUCCCGACAAGAGCUAGCUCUAAAUAUCUGAACUAUCUCAACACUGUCAGCUAUUACGAUAAACUUCUAGAUGGUUUUGUAACAAGAUAUGGAGAAAAUGGGCUGGAUAACAGGGAAGAAGAUGGAACGAAGGAGAACGGAUUAGAAAGAAUAAGAACCGCAUGUGAUAAAAAUAUGCAUUUAUAAAUCUCAUUUAUCUAGUAAUAAUGAUAAUAUUUCAUUAAAUGAUUAUCAAAUAUCUAAAUAUUUA